CCUGCAUGUUUCCCUUUAAGAUGUUAAGUACUGACUACAGCGCUUUCAUUUCGGAGAGAGAUGCACUGCUCCGGGGCUCGAUGGCUCAUCCUACCCACAAGUAGAAGCUGAAGUAACCAGGGGGCAGAACAACUUUUGCCAAGUUGUUGACGGCGGCUUAAAUGUUGAACAGGAACUGGACAGGCUGGAUUACAGGAGUUUAUCCAAGAGGACAAAACACAUUUCCACUAAAGACCAGAGUGUGUGCCAUGCAGUGGUGAUCAGCCCUGAGCAGAGCUGAAGCACAGGCCAGAGGAUGGAGCUGAAGGUGUGGGUGGACGGAGUGGUGCGCGUGGUGUGUGGUCUGUCCCAGGAGACCUCCUGCCAGGAUGUGGUCAUCGCUCUGGCUCAGGCCAUCGGUCAGACGGGUCGCUAUGUGCUCAUCCAGAAAUUGAGGGACACAGAACGACAGCUUCUGGCCAACGAGCGUCCGCUGGAGUCUCUCGCCAAGCUCGGCCAGCACGGCAGCGAGGUCCAGUUCUUCCUGCGACGGACAGGCCCCAGCAGCAGUGACCCCCCGGGCUCCGAGCGCAGCCUCACCCUGCCCAAGCCGCCCUCGACCUCCGAGCGCAGCCUCACCCUGCCCAAGCCGCCCUCGACCGAAGGCGACCCCCCGAAACGCAGGGAGCCCAAGAAGUCACUCACCUUCAACCUGGGCCCCUCCAGCUCGCCCCGGGCCAAGCCCAAACAGGCCCGCAAGUCCCUGCCCGAACUGAGGGCGUCCCCUUCCCCUGUCCCCCACACGCCCUCACCGCCUCCGCUGCCGGCCUCCGCUGGGCCCUCAAAAGAGGAGGCGUUCCGGCAUGUUCGGCAGCAGCAGGAACGCCUGGCGGCCCUGGAGGCCCAGCUGGAAACCAUGGAGCAGGAGAGCCGGACGUGGGAGCAGCCGUCGCCGACGCCCCCGGGCCCCGGGGAGCCCCCGGAGGGGGAGCUGGAGCGCCUGGAGGAGAUGCUGCAGCGCAACCAGGCGGAGCUGGCGCACGAGGACUACUGGCAGGAGGAGCUGCGCGUGGAGGUGGAGCACGAGCACAACAUGCGGCGGCGGCUGGGCGAGCUGCACGCCAAGCUGGACGACUGCGGACGCCGCCUGCAGGACUUCAACGAGCGCGCCGACCGCCUGGAGCUGGAGCUGCGGAAGGAGAGCCAGGCCGCUGCUGCCACGGCGACCGCCGCCGCCGCCGCCUCACCAGAGGAGUCCGUGGGUGUGGUUAAAGUGGAGCUCCAUAGCCGACAGAGGCAAGGGGUGGAGCUAGAAGCGGAGUUAAGCAACACAGAGAGCGCGCUGGGGAAGGCGGAGUCACUGUUGCAGGCGCGGCUGGACGAGCUGGAGGAGCUGAAUAAGGAGCUGCGCCAGUGUAACCUGCAGCAGUUCAUCCAGCAGACGGGGGUGGUGCCGGCCCACUCCAGCUCCCGCUCUGACCUCACCGAGCAGCUGGAGCAGCACAUGGAGCUGGCGCAGCUGCUGCAGGAGCGCUACAACAUGAGGAGCCCCAUGUUUCCACCGCUGGAGUCCCCUCCGCGCCCCACUGCCAAGCACUUCCUGGGUCACCCGCGUAACCUCCAGAACCCGCUGGUGUCCAGCCUCAACCCUGAGGUCCUCACAUCCAGGGAGUCUUCAUGGAGGUAAAACCUGGACCACUGGAAUGUGGAUUUGUUCCCUUUUGUGCUUAAUGACCACAUCUAUUUACCCCAUAUUGUGCUACUGUCUGUCCAUCUUGUUGUAACCACAUACAUAUAUAAACUGUACAUAGAAAUAUAUAUUUACAUUUUGCUACAUUGCAAAGUAUGUAUCUACUGUAAGAUAUGACCAGAAAGUUUAUUAUCUUUAGAACUAUGUCUUGUAUUUAAAUACAAUAAAGAUGUGCGCUGUUGUUUUAGAUAA